AUGGGGCUUCUGUCACAGGGCUCCCCAAUGAGCUGGGAGAAGACAAAACAGCAUGCAGAGCAUGUGCGCAAACAUGGCAUCCUGCAGUUCUUGUACAUCUAUCAAGCUGUCAGAGAGAGACACAAGGACGUGCUCAAGUGGGGGGACGAGGUGGAAUACAUGUUGGUAGCUUUUGAUCAUAACAAUAAGAAAGCACAAUUGUCCCUAACUGGAGAAGAAGUUAUUUAUACCUUGCAAGAAAAGGGUGAAAGGAUAAACCCAAACCAUCCAACUAUGUGGAAGCCAGAAUAUGGAAGCUAUAUGAUUGAAGGGACUCCUGGACAGCCAUAUGGAGGAACAAUCUCUGAAUUUAACACUGUACAAGAGAACAUGAGAAAGCGACGCCAGGAAGCUGCUUCUGUGCUGAAACAAAACGAAGCUGUUUGCACUGUCACAUCAUUUCCAAGAUUAGGUUGUCCAGGAUUUACGAUACCAGCGUGUGUCCCAACACCUGUUGAGACAGGAGCCUCCAAGUCUCUCUUUUUUCCAGAUGAAGCCAUCAGCAAACAUCCCAGGUUUGGUACUUUAACAAGAAACAUUCGACACAGAAGAGGAGAAAAAGUAGUGAUAAAUGUACCAAUAUUUAAGGACAACAAUACUCCAUCCCCGUUUAUAGAAACAUUCCCUAAUGAUGAUGGUGAAGCAGCAAGAGCAGCCAUUCCUGACCAUGUAUAUAUGGAUGCCAUGGGGUUUGGAAUGGGCAAUUGCUGCCUUCAAGUAACAUUCCAGGCUUGUAGCAUUUCUGAAGCAAGAUACCUUUAUGAUCAGCUAGCCACAAUCUGUCCCAUUGUGAUGGCAUUAAGUGCUGCAGCUCCACUCUACAGAGGUUAUGUGACAGAUAUUGAUUGCCGUUGGGGAGUAAUAUCUGCAUCAGUAGAUGAUAGAACGAGGGAGGAGAGGGGAUUGGAGCCACUGAAGAACAACCGUUACAGAAUCAACAAAUCCAGAUAUGAUUCCAUAGACAGUUACCUCUCUGAAUGUGGCAAAAAAUACAAUGACAUUGAUUUGAUGAUAGAUAAAGACAGCUAUGAGCAGCUAGUAAAGGAAGGCAUUGACCAUCUUUUGGCCCAACAUAUUGCUCACUUAUUUAUUCGUGAUCCACUGACUCUAUUUGAAGAGAAAAUACAUCUGGAUGAUGCAAAUGAAUCUGACCACUUUGAGAAUAUUCAGUCAACAAACUGGCAGACAAUGAGAUUUAAACCUCCUCCUCCCAAUUCGGAUAUUGGAUGGAGAGUUGAGUUCAGACCAAUGGAUGUCCAGUUAACAGACUUUGAAAAUUCUGCAUAUGUUGUGUUUGUGGUGUUGCUGACCCGAGCCAUUCUCUCAUAUAAGCUGGAUUUUCUCAUUCCUUUGUCCAAGGUGGAUGAGAACAUGAAAGUAGCCCAGAAACAGGAUGCUGUCCGGCAGGGUAUGUUUUAUUUCAGAAAAGACAUUUGUAAAGGUGGCAAUGCUGUAGUGGAUGGAUGUGGCCCCGCUCAACACGGUAUAGAAACAGAUGGUGAAGAGUAUACCUUAAUGAGCAUUGAUACAAUAAUCAAUGGAAAGGAGGGAGUAUUUCCUGGAUUAAUUCCAGUUUUAAACUCUUACCUUGAAAAUAUGGAAGUGGAUGUGGAUACAAGGUGCAACAUUCUAAACUACCUGAAACUAAUUAAAAAGAGAGCAUCAGGAGAGUUAAUGACAGCUGCUCGGUGGAUGCGAGAGUUCAUUGCGAACCACCCAGCGUACAAACACGAUAGUGUGAUUACUGAAGAGAUGAAUUACAACCUGAUUUGGAAAUGCAACCAAAUAGCUGAAGGGCAAGUUGAAUGCCCUGAACUGCUUGGACAAGGUUUUAACCAAGUAAAAUACAGUGGAACUAAAACUUUUUGA